GCCUGACCCCGUGGCGGACGAGCGCCGUCCUGAAGAUUUUCAGCAAUGUGGACAACAGAUGAAAUUGCCAGUAUGUGCUAUACACAUUAUUCUACCAAGCUACCAAAGAAAGGUCUGCCGGAUCCAGGACGAGAAUGGACUCUACUCGCUGCUGUGUUAAAAGUUGAGGAGAAACCAAGCAUUAAGAGCAAUGAUGAAUUUCUGGAAGUUGUUGCCAUGGGAACUGGAUCAAAAUGCAUUGGACAGACAAAAAUGAGUAAAAAUGGUGAUGUUGUUAAUGACAGCCAUGCAGAGGUGACUGCACGGCGUGGGUUCCUGAGGUACUUGUAUCAUCAACUUAAAGAGGCAUUCAAAAAUAAAAAUAGCAUCUUCAUCACAAGCAGCGAAAGGGGAAAAUGGAAACUGAAGCCAGGCAUUACCUUUGUGUUCUUUAUUAGCCACACUCCAUGUGGUGAUGCUUCUAUUAUUCCAAAGGUAGAACAUUACAGUGAACCUUCUAUGAACAUGAGAGUCAUGGGGAGUGAAGAGCAAAAUAUUAUUGCUGUUCAAGUUAAUAAAAAUACUGAAGAUGCACAAUUAUUCCAUUAUGAAGAGCACCUGCAGGGCAAAAGACAAAAAGGCGAUGCAAAUUCUACAGUGGUUCCUAAAAAAAGGAUAAAAAGAGCUGAUGAAAAUGGAGAUUUACCUGAAAGUAGCAGUGUUUGUGAAAACAAACCCAGUCAUCUGUCUGAGAAAGAAAGUAAUACUAUCCAGAUCAACAAUAAUCAACUUUAUGAAGCAGAAAUAAUGUCCAAGAGCAACCAUUAUACCACUCCAUCUCAAAAUACGUUUUCAUUGGCUGUGGAGAAAACCAAACAGAUACAAAAUAAAGUUUUGGAUAUACACCGAACUGGCGCUAAAUGUGUGCCAGGUGGCCUUCAGGAUUCUCUGAAGCCUGGAGUUGACUAUCACUGUGUGGAAUCAUUGAGAGUGAAACCAGGAAGAGGCAGCAGAACAUUAUCAAUGUCGUGUAGUGAUAAACUUGCACGUUGGAAUAUUCUUGGUUGUCAAGGAGCACUUCUCAUGCACUUCCUCAAGGAGCCAGUGUAUUUCUCUUCUAUUGUAGUAGGACACUGUCCGUAUAACUAUGAUGUCAUGAAGAGAGCUAUAAUAGAUAGGUGCCGUAACAUAACUUCACUGCCAAAGGAAUUCAGAGUUCAAGAUGUGAAGAUGCAGCAGUCACAGCUGGAGUUUGCACACAGUCGCCAUUCAGCGCAAAGUAACUAUGAUUCCAGCAAAGGGAGGCUUGUACCUUGUGCAGCAGCAAUAAGUUGGAGUGCUAUACCAGACCAGCCACUAGAUGUCUCUGUAAAUGGCUAUAAACAAGGAGCCACAAAAAAGAUACUUGGAACCCCACAAGCGAGGUGUAGAAUUUGCAAGGCUGAGCUUUUUGUGUUAUUCCAAGAGCUCCUCUCUUUUCUUUCUGAACAGAACUAUCCAGAAUCCCUUCGAAACGUUAAACUAAAAACUUACUGGGAAUUCAAGGAAGCUGCAGCAAAUUACCAACAAGCAUGGAAUGAAGUACUGAAGCAAGCAUUUGUAACGUGGAUCAGAACCCCAAGGGACUUGCUGCAAUUUUAUUAGGUAGCAAACAAUACAGUAACAUGACAAAGAUAAUUGCCUUUUCUGCCACGUGGAUGGUCACAGCAGAUUUUUUUUAUCUUUGCCUUUGAAAUCUUUCAGGGAUAAAACAUGUAUGAGCAAUUUUUUUUUAACUGUUAGCUUUUAAUUAAACUGAUUGUUGACUAUUCCUAGAUUGAAACUAAAAGGGAAAUUUGUUGGCCUCCAAUUCUAGUAAUUUACCAGAAUUGUGUUAUUGGUAUUUAAUAGCUUGGAAUAGUAGUGCAAGUUAGAUACCUUUUUAUAUUUUUAUUUGGUUUGUAGCAUUAGGAACCUAAUUCUUUGUGUGUAUAAUUUUAGAUUUAUUUCUUUCUCUGCUAAUAAUCCAUACUUGUUAACCUCUUUCUUUGGCCAUAUUGUAUUAUAAACAACUCUCCCAAGUAUGACUUUCUAGUGUGUUCGUUUUGCAAAGUAUGGAACACUUUUUAAGAAAAGGCAUAGUAAAGAAACUAUAUGCCUACGGUUAAUAACUUACUUCAAAAGCACUUUCCCAUACUUCAUAAAUAAACAUCUUUGCAUGUAAGUAUUUUGAGCUUCAUUUUUUUUUCAUUUUCAAGCACAUUGGAAUGUAUUGCAAAGAUACGUGAAAUAGUGUAUUGGGAUAAUUAACAGAAGUAGUCUCUCACAU